AUGGCGGUACUACCAUUUUUUGAUUUAUCGAAAUUUGAAGGUAAUGGAUUCAAGACCCUAGAGUGGCUUCAAUACGUGGGUUGUUUGGAAACUCGGGUGUUCCCUGAACACUUUGAAAAAUCUUUAGAAAAGGUAAAAAAGAUUUCAGAGUCCGUCGAUUUGAUCGUCGAUACGACAACCGGAUUGUCCAUUGAAGAAUGCGUUAAGAUAUUGAACGCCGGUGCUCUGGCUAUUUUGGUAGAUGAAGAAGUUUUGCAAGAACUGUCUGAUAUUUCUCCUAGUCGUCUCAUUUUUAAGACAAACACCACCGACAUAAAAAAGAUUGAAGAGCUUUGUAAAUUUGCUGGCUCUUUUCAAUGGAUUGCGAAAACGCAAGACUAUCCUCCCGAGUUUUUUGAAAAAGCUAGUAAGCUGAUCCGUAAGUCGGUCUUACCGGCUGGUGGAAACCGCAUGCUUUACUUAGAAUUCCCUGUUAAACCUUCUGUGGAGACGUUAGCCUCUAUCUCUUUGCAUUCCGUCGUUCCAGUUGUCACCAGUGAGUAUCUCACCGUUAACAGCGAAGCUGAACCAGACAAAUUGCAUCUUUCUGAUAUGGUUAUGAUUGACGCCAAGACCGAUCGAAAGGAUGGCUUGUAUUCCACUUUGGUUGUAAAUGAGCUUGGUGUUGCUCUUGGUCUCGUUUACUCGAGCAAAGAAAGCGUCGCCGAGUCUUUGAAGACAGGUACUGGUGUUUACCAAUCCCGUAAGCGUGGCUUGUGGUACAAAGGAGCAACUUCUGGUGCUGUUCAAAAAUUGUUGCGCAUUGAUUUGGACUGUGAUGGAGACUGCUUGCGUUUCAUCGUCCAUCAAACCGGAAAAGGAUUCUGUCACCUCGAUACUUUGCACUGUUUUGGCCAUGCUUCUGGUUUGCCUCAGUUGGAAUCCGUUUUGACAGAUAGAAAAGAGAAUGCUCCCGAGGGCUCUUAUACCGCUCGUCUCUUUUCUGAUCCAAAACUUUUGCGCGCUAAAAUUAUGGAAGAAGCUGAAGAACUUUGUGAUGCCAAGACCAAAGAUGAAGUUACAUGGGAGAUGGCUGAUUUACUUUACUUUGCCAUAACUCGUUGCGUCGGCUCUGGUGUUACUUUAGAAGACAUUAGCCGCCAUUUGGACUUAAAGCAUCGUAAAGUCACUAGAAGAAAAGGUGAUGCCAAAAAGGCUUGGGAGGAAAAGUUGAAAGACAAGGGAGGAGUUGCCAAUACUGAGUCCUCAUGA